AUUCAAAGUUCAUGUGUGACUUCUUGUUUUCUUCUUUUGCAGUGUAGAUUACUGUAUGUUUCUUCCUUGAAAUGCCACCCAAAAAAAAGUCGUCGGCAUCUACACUCUCCAGAAAGAAGCCAAAGAUUCAAGUACCAGACGAUGCACAAUGGUGCUUGGACAACCUACGCCAUCUUACUUUUAGAAAGUUUAUUGAAAAGUUCCAAUGCUUGGACAAGUGUAGUUCGCAACAACGAUACCUCAAUAUUCUCUCAAAGUAUAUCAGUAACACUCAACAUUACGAACGCGUUAGAAUGGAGUACAAGACUUGGACUGGUUCUGCUGAUUAUCAACGAUUUUGGAACGAGCAAGAGGAAUUGGAUAUCAUAUUGCGAACAGAUGGAGCUUGUACAAAGUUUAUUGGCUCUGUUACUGAACACAGGUUGCGAAGUCUGAAUGCUAAGGCCAAUACUGUUGUCCGAGAAACACUCGAUGGUGUUGACGAUCAAGAAACUACCGACGACACUGCUGAUAUUCAAGAAAGCACCAAAGACACUACUGAAUACCAAGAAACAGCCUGUACUAUUGACACUCAAGAAAAUAUCAAUGCGAAUGAUGCUCAAGAAACAACCGACGACAACUCUUUCAGCGACGAUGAUAGAAGUUGUCAGCUUUACCCGACCUCGUCCAUCACCAGCAACAAUGAUACCAAUGUUAAUUCAGACAAUAUCAAUGUUAACCCCUGGAUCUUCCGCGGGAAAAACAUUACUCUCAUGUUCGAGAAUUACAACUUUAUCGCAUAUUUUGAUCUUAA